AUGUCAUCAACUGCACCUGAAACUCCAUCAGAUCAAGAUAUUGCCGUUAUUGGUAUUGGUUUGAGAUUCCCAGGAGGGUCCACCAAUCCAAACGAGUUCUGGAGCGACAUGGUCAACCGUUUCGACGGUAUCUCCAAGACGGCCGACACGAGAUGGUCACAGUCCUUCCACGACCAGGACUUCAUCUCCAACGAGUUUGGUGGCUACAUCAGCGAAGAGGAAUGGAAGCGCUUCGAUCCUCUGUUCUUUGGUGUGCUGCCAAAGGAGGCCAUCCAUCUGGACCCACAGCAGCGUGUCCUUAUGACCAUCCUCUGGGAGGCCCUGGAGGACGCCCAAAUACAGCCAGCCAAGUUGCGUGGCUCUGACACUGGAGUGUUCAUCGGUUUGAUGAACCUCGACUACCAGAAGCAAGGCUUCAGAGAGAUCACAGACAUGUCGCCAUACCUGUUGACUGGAAACGGUAACUCGUUCAUCUCCAAUCGUCUGUCCUUUGCCUUUGACUUCCGUGGCCCAUCAAUGACCCUCGACACUGCUUGCUCAUCAUCACUCAACGCCGUCUACCUGGGAGUGCAAGCCAUCCAGUCUGGCGACUGUGAGAUGGCCGUCGUUGGAGGUGUCAACGCACUCUACGACCCAACAAUCUCGAUUGCCUUCACCAACUUUGGAAUGUUGUCACACAAGGGCAAGUGCCGCAGUUUCGACGCCUCUGCCGACGGUUUCGUCCGUGCUGAGGGUGCCGGUCUCUGUAUUCUCAAGCGUCACAGCGCCGCCGUCCGCGAUGGCGACCGCAUCUACUGUGUCAUCAAGGGAGGCAGCUCAAACGUCGAUGGCUACAACAAGAAGAACACAAUCACUGCACCAUCCAUGCACGCCCAGGCCGAGAACAUCGAUCUGGCACUCAACCGCGCACAGCUCAAGCCAGAGGACAUCUACUACAUCGAGUCCCAUGGCACUGGUACCCCAGUCGGUGACCCCAUUGAGGUCGAGGCUCUGUCCUUGGUCUUUGCCGACAACCACACCAACGAGAACCCACUCCGAAUCGGUUCCGUCAAGUCCAACAUGGGUCAUUUGGAGUCAGCCGCCGGUAUCGCAUCGCUUAUCAAGGUUGCUCUGAUGUUGAAGCACCGCCAGCUCGUGCCAAACAUUCACUUUGAGCGCGUCAACCCCAAGAUCAAGUUGGACGAGUGGCACGUCAAGGUCGUCACCGACCAAGAGGACUUCCCAGAGGACAAGGUUGUUCGCAUGGGUGUAAAUAGCUUUGGUUUGUCUGGUUCCAACUGUCACAUUAUUUGUGAGGAGGUUAAGUCCAACUUAGUUAACAACCAGAUUGCUGCAGCUCCAAAGAAGGAGUACUUGGUGCCAGUGUCUGCCAACUCCAAGGUGUCCUUGGACAAGUACAUAAGCACUGUUGCCGAGAACGUCGAGCAAUACAAGUCAACAAUUAAGUUUGAGGACUUUGCCCGUCACCAGAUCCAAGCCAGAUCACACUUGUACGCCAUCAGAAAGGUGGUCGUCGCCAGCGACUGGGAGGACUUUGUCUCCCAGAAGACCACCUACUCGACCAACUCGACCCAGUCCUCCAACAUUGCCGCUCUUGGCAACGCUCAGAACACCCCAAUCGUCUUUGUCUUCUGUGGUCAAGGUCCACAAUGGAAGGGCAUGGGCAAGGUGCUCUACGAGACCGAGCCAGUCUUCAAGAAUGCCGUCGACCGUUGUGACGCUCUGAUGGCCUCGCACUUUGGUUACUCCAUCCUUCAGUCACUCAACGACUUGGCCUCAGAGAGCUCGCCAGAGAUCCACGAGCCCAAGCUUGCUCAGCCAUCCGUCUUCCUGAUCCAAGUUGGUCUGGUUGCUCUCUACGAGCACUGGAACAUCAAGCCAACCAUCGUCGUUGGUCACAGCUUUGGUGAGGUCACUGCUGCACUCUGCGCCAACAUCCUCAGCCUUGAGACUGCUGCCAAGAUCGUGUACCACCGCAGCACUCUGCAGAACUUGACCAUUGGAAGCGGUAGAAUGCUGUCCAUUGGUAUUGGCGGCGAUCAGUACAUCAGGGACUACGCCAGCGCCUACCCAACACUCGAGAUCGCCUGUUACAACUCAUCCGACUCGAUCGUCAUCACUGGUGAUGAGCCAACUCUCAAGGCUGCCGCCGACAAGAUGAAGGAGGCCGGUAUCUUCACCGCCUUCCUCACUACCCCAUGCUCGUUCCAUUCGUCGCACCAGGAGAAGAUCAAGCAGCAGGUGUUCGACUCGCCCCUCAAGGACCUCGAGUACUCAUCAGGCCCAUUGCUUCCAUUCUUCUCCACCAUCCACGGUGGAUUGUUGCGCAACAAGGAGGAGUACAACGUCCAGUACAUUUACGACAACCUUCGCCAGCCAGUCGAGUUCACCAAGGCCAUCGCCAACAUCUUCUCGUACAUUGGUGAGCAGAAGAUGGGAACCUCGCCAGUCUUCCUCGAGAUUGCCCCACAUCCAACUCUUGCCUUCUACAUCAAGAAGUUGACUCCAGCCCCAUCCGACGAGAUCACCUUCACCCCAUUGGUCCUGUCACCACUGCACAAGAAGAAGCACGACACUGAGGCCAUGCAGUCGACCUUGGCUGCCAUCUACAACCACGGCAUCAACAUCAACUUUGCCUCGCAAUUGAUCGACUCCAACACCAACCUCGCCUGGAAGGAGCUCACUCACAUCCUGCCACGCUACCAGUGGGACACUGAGGAGUACUGGUUCGAGCCAUUGGUCAGCCAGAAGAUCAGAUUGGAGGGACCCGCCACUAACAUCCUCGGCCAUCGCCAGAACACUGGUGGUCAGCUCUACCAGACUGUGAUCGACGUCAAGCUCGCCGCCUUCAACUACCUCAAGGGCCACAAGAUCAAGGGCAAGUACCUGUUCCCAGGCUCCGGCUACAUUGACAACAUCUGCAACAUCUUCAAGGGCCAGGACUUUGACAUCCACAACCUCGAGUUCAACAUUCCCUUCUUCUUGACUGAUGGCGUGCAGCACCACCUGCAGUCCAACGUGAUCGCCAACUCCAAGAACGAGUACAAGGUUGAGUUCAACUUCAAGGAGAACCACAACACCGACAAGUGGGUCAAGUCUGCUCACGGUCGUGUCUCCACCUACACUCCAUUGCCAGCCGACCAGAUACCCAAGGUCGACAUCGCAGCCCUGCGCGCCCAGUGCAACUUGGCCACUCUCUCCAAGAACGAGGUCUACACCAAGCUGCAGACCCUCGGUCUACCAUACGGCCCAACCUUCCAGCGCAUCCAGUCCUUCUCCUUUGGUGUUGGCUGCUCGUUUGCCACCCUCGAGAUGACUCCAACCGUCUCUGCCUUUGACAAUGGCAGCUUCUUCAACGCUUCCAUCUUGGACUGUGCCCUGCACGCCCUGUUGGCCCUCAUGGACGGCCCACAAGAGAUUGUGUUCGAGCGUUUGGAGCACUUCAAGGUGUUCUCCUCCAACCUGCCAGUCACCCGCCCAGAGAAGGUCUACCUGUUCUCCAAGGUCAUCAAGGAGGCCGGUAACACAUCGCAGGGUUCCGUUGCCAUCUACGCUGAGGAUGGAUCAGUCUUGGCCACCUUUGGCAAGAUCGUCUCCAACUCCUUGAUCAAGGUCAAGAGAACCACUGUCGUCAAGCACCCAUCCAAGGAGCUGUACACCUCUGUCUGGGGACCAAAGGAGUCCUUCACCGUUGCCCCAGCAGUCACAGCUGUUGAUGUUGCCUCCGCCUCUGACUACGUCACACCAACUUGCGUCUCGACCUUUGCUCACCCAGCCAAGGCAACCGUCCGCCCAUGGAGAAUGGUCGACUUAUUCAAUGGCGAUAUCCAGCAGACUGUCCACACUCUUGAGGUGCUCAGCAAGUUGAACAACUCCACCAUUGUCGAGUACACCAUUGUGUGCACUGCCGAGAAGAAGGAGACUCUGAAGGUUGACCUCAGCAAGUACGCCAGCGACACUCUGUUGCUUAGAUUCCGCACUACCCUCUCGCUUGAGAAGUGCUUGGUCGAGCAAGGACUUUUGGUCUCCAGCUACGAUAUCAUCAUCACCAACUUUGCCCUGGCCGCAUCCUCUGUGCCAGCUUCUCAGAUCGUUGCUAACCUCACCAGUGUCUUGGCACCAGGAGGUCGCCUUGUCCUCCGCGAGGCUCCACAGUCAUCGAUCGUCUUUGAUGCCCAGACUACCGUUGCCUUCGAGAACAACUUCACUGCUGCUGACCUCACCCAGCUCGUCCAGCAGGCUGGUCUUACCCACGCCACCACCGUCGCCUCCAGCGCCCUCACUCAGGCUGUCGUUGUCGUCGCCCAGAAGCCAUUGAUUGAGGCUCUCCCAACUGUCUCUGCCAUCGACAAGAUCGCCUUUGUCGUCUCUGGUAACGCUCAUGAGGAGUACUUCAUCCAGCAAGGCCUGCUCAAUGCCAACAAGAUCGAGAUCUUCCAGUCGGCGAGCCUCCUCGACGAGGCCGCCGCCAGCCAGCAGCAGAAGUUUGUCGACUUUGUCUGCGACGGAAGCAACACCUACGUGUACUUCCUCGCCGGUCUUGACGCCCUCACCACCUCCAACUACCAGGUGCGCACAAUGGAGUUUGUCAAGCUCAACCAGUUGCUGCUCAAGAACCAGGCUACCAACGCCAAGAUCGUUCUCCUGACUGCCAACGCCCAGCGCGAGUCUGUCAACUACCUCAACACAUCACUAGUCGGUAUCUUCCGUUACUUCCUCGAGUUCCAGACUGUGCUCAACACCGUUGCCAUCGACAUUGACACCACUGGUGCCGCCGCCACCAAGCUCGCCUUCUUGGCCAAGCUCACCAACACCGCCCAGCUCGGUGACAAGGAGUUCUUGAUCCGCGACAACCAGGUCCUCGUCCAGAGAUACCUGCGCGAGCCAGCCGCACUCGACUCACCAUCGUCCUACGAGAAUGACUCCGCCAAGUUGGUGUGCAAGCUCAACUCCAACCUGUCCUACGUGUUCCACCCACGCGACACUCUCGCUCCAGAGCAGGUCGAGAUUCAGGUUCGCGCCACCGGUAUCAACUACAAGGACAACCUGUUCUACCGUGGUCUGUUGCCCCAGGAGAUCUUCAGCAAGGGUGACAUCUACAACCCACCCUUCGGUCUCGAGUGCGCUGGUAUCAUCUCCCGCGUUGGCAGUGCCGUCAGCCGAUUCAAUGUCGGCGAUGAGGUCGUUGGUUUUGCCAGCCACUCAUUCUCCUCGCACGUGCUCACUCACCAGGACCGCGUGGUCAUCAAGCCCAAGAGCAUCUCGUUCGCUCAGGCUGCCUCGAUCCCAGUCGUCUACGCCACCGCCUACUACGCCAUCUUCCACGUUGGUCGCUUCAUGCCCGGCAAGGACUCCAUCCUGGUGCACUCAUCGACCGGAGGUGUUGGUCUUGCCGCACUCAACCUCCUCAAGUGGAAGAAGCACACUGGACCAGUGUUCGCCACAUUCGGAGGCUCCAAGGACAAGCGCCAGUUCCUCGAGGACACCUACGGCUCGCUGAUCACCAGCAUCAUCAGCACUGCCCACAACUCUGUCGCUGGCGGCUUCCCCGACCAGAUCCGUCAGUUUGAGCAGACCAAGGAGGGUGUCGACAUGAUCCUCAACACCCUGUCUGGUGACUUCCUCAAGCCCAACUUUGACGCCCUCUCCCAGAUCGGUCGCAUCAUGGAUCUCUCGGUCACCCAGAUGAUGGACAAUGACAACAUCGACAUUGAGGUGUUCAAGUACCACGUCGGCUACCAGACCAUCGAUCUCGAGCGUGCCAUCGCCUACAGUCCAAAGAUUGUCAAUGGUAUCCUGCGCGAGGUGUUUGCCGCCAUCGACGCCGGCGAGCUCAGCCCAAUCCCCGUCGAGACCUUCCCAGUGCGCGACACCAAGAAGGCCAUCGAGUACAUUAACGAGCGUAAGCACAUUGGAAAGAUCGUUGUGGACUUUGCCGACUUUGAGAAGGACGUCCUCACCCCAAUGCUCCAGGAGAUCGCCGAGAAGAAGGCUGUCAGCAUCGUCAAGCCAAACUACGCUCUCAACGGACUUGACUCGACCCUGCUGGUCACCGGUCAGACUGGUAUUGCCGUGUUCAUCCUUCGCUGGAUCCUCGAGCACGCACCAUCCACCCUCAAGGACAUAGUCGUUCUCUCGCGUUCAGCCCUCAAGUGGGAGCUCCAGCUGCUCAUCAACCAGACCAAGGCUGCUGGCAGCCACGUCAGGAUCCACUACCGCUCUGUUGACGUCUCCAACUAUGACAACCUCAAGGAGACCGUGUCAGCCCUCUACCAGGCUGAGCCCACUCUCGGCCCAGUCAAGUCCAUGAUCCACUUUGCAACGAUCUACGACUACUGUGAGGUGGACAACAUCACCCAGCGUACUAUCACCGCAACCCACGACCCCAAGGCUGUUGGUGCCAUCAACCUCCACCAGCUUGGCCUGCAGCUCGGCUGGACCUACAACCACUUUGUCCUGUUCUCCUCGAUUGUGUCUGUCCUCGGAUCGACCAACCAGGCCUCCUACACCUCGGCCAACUUUGUCCUCGACGGUCUGGCCCACUUCAGACGCUCACAGGGUCUUGCCGCCACCGCAGUCAACUGGGGUGCACUCGACGCUGGUGGAGAGGUCGCCAAGGACAAGUCCGUGUCCCAGUUCCUCCAGAGCCGCGGCAUCAACCUCGUGUCCCUGUCCAAGAUUCUUGGUGGUCUCAACGGUAUCUUCAACGGCGAGAAGGCUGAGACUCAGGUCAUGCUGAGCAACUACAGCUACAAGUCAUUGUUUGAGUACUGCCCACAGAUCAAGAUCAAGAUGGAGCAUCUUGCCGAGGACUCUGACCUCGAGAGGAAGCAGGCAUCGGCCAGCUCCUCGACCGGUGGCAACAGCAUCUCUGAUCGCGUCGUCGCCCAGAUCUCUGAGCUUCUGUCCAUCCACCCAUCCAAGCUUAACUACGACACCCGUCUCAAGGACUAUGGUAUUGACUCGCUGCUCACCGUGCAGUUGAAGAACUGGAUCGACCAGGAGUUCCAGAAGAACCUGUUCACUCAUCUCCAGCUCUCUUCCAACUCGAUCAACUCAAUCAUCCAGAAGAUCACUGCCAAGACCCCAACUGCCGCCGCCGCAACUGCCACCACUGCCACUGGCACAGCCAACAAGGAGGUCGCCACCUCUACCUCCAAGCCAGGCACCAAGCCACUUGAGUUCUGGAAGCAAGAGAGUGUUCUCGACGCUGACAUCACCCCAGCUGCCACCCUCAAGCCAGUCGUCCCAAUAAUCCAGGGCGCUGCUGUUAACGUCUUCUUGACCGGUGUCACUGGAUACCUCGGUAUCUACUUGCUCUCAGACUACCUGACCCAGGCCAACGUCAAGACCAUCUACUGUCUGGUUCGUGCCAAGAACUCCAUUGAGGAGGCCAAGCAGACCCUCUUCAACAAGCUCAACCAGUACAAGCUUAGCUUUGACCCAGCCGUGUUUGAGCAGCGUGUCGUCCUCGUCCUCGGUGACCUGUCCAAGCCACUCUUUGGCCUGUCCGCCGCCGAGUUUGAGCAGUUGGCCAACAAUGUCGAUGUGAUCAUCAGCAAUGGUGCCAACGUCAACUUCAUCGAGUUCUACGAUGAGAUCCGUCUCACAAACAUCAACGGUACCAAGGACAUCAUCCGUCUUGCCACCGCCGGCCACACACUCAAGCGCAUCGUCCACGUCUCAUCCAUCUCUGUCUUCUUCAACGACUCACGUAACGAGGCCAUCACUGAGGAUGUCUACCCAUCGCUCAACCACAUCAACGACAUGAACGGUUACAUCCAGUCCAAGGUCAUCACAGAGUACUUGAUCAGGGAGGCCGCCGCCCGUGGCAUCCCAGCCAUGAUCGUCCGUGUUGGACCAAUCUUUGGAGACUCCCGCACUGGUAUCGACAAUGAGAACGACAUCCUCGGACUCGUGGUCAAGUCAAUCUUUGAGCUCAAGAGCUACCCAACCUUCAACCAGCAGCUGGGCGAGGGCAACAUCAACACAUCACCAAUCGACUGGGUGUCACGCGCCUUUGUCGGCCUCACCCUGCAUGAUGCCUACUGGACCGCCAACAACACCAGCCGCACUCCAACCGUCUACCAUCUCAUCAACCAGGAUGAGAAGCGUCAGAUGAAGAACCUGACCGACAUCUGUAACAUUAUCAACGAGCAGUACCCACUCACUGUGGACGCCGACUUCCUCCAAUGGAAGGAGAAGCUGAUGACCUCUGGCAGCACACCUUGCAAGAAGAUCCGUGGAUUCUUCCGCACUGCCACCUCAUUCCCACUCUUCCACAUUGGCUUUGGCGACUGCAACCGUACCAUGGCACACCUUGCCGCUCUUGGCAUCCCACCAUGUGAGAUCAACACUCAGACCAUCAUCAAGAACAUAGAGUACUACCAAUCAAUCUCAAAGGCUGUUUUGGCUGAUUCAUAA